AUUAGCUGGAUCAAUUAGUUAUGAUGAUAUGAAUAGAUAGCGUAAUUUUAUAGAUCCACGGUUUUUGGCACAACUGGAACAUAACAUACAGAAUAUCUUUUUGCACUGGGUGCCUUUUAACACCUGUUACAGGAUAAUAUACAGACACCAAAACGGUUAUCAUAGAGAGCGACAUGACGCCUGUCUGACAAACGAGGACAGACCAGAGCAAUCGUCUGCGAGGUUUUGGCCUCCCUGCGAUGAUUGAUCGAUGAGCAGAAGACAAUUAUCUAAUUUCUAAUGACAGGACGUAAUCGUUUCUACUUUUACACGCCGGAGCUCAAUGUUUAGAAAGCAGGAAUAAUCUGUAAUCAUAAGCGAGCUAGUGACGUUGGAGUUAGCUAUUAAUAAUCUGAAGAAAAACGAAACUACAGCUGUCCUCGCUUUUAACGUGAAUAUAUGUCGAUUAAUAUAUGUUGCUAAUAACUUGGAUACAAAAUAUAUGGCAAAUAAUUUACACAUUUAAAAAAAAAGAAAUCAGCUCUUCAAAAAAUGGUUGUCAGAACUGUUCGGAACCAAACGCACGGGAGUUUUCCUUUUUUAUUGGAUUGAUUGCUGGACGGUCUCAUCUGAAAGGCGGCGGAAAUAAUCAUUUUGUGAUGGAUAUCAACGGGCCUACCGCUAAUUGAAGCUGUGAAACUUGCGUGAUAUCUGAUAUUCAAUUUAUAUGGAAUAAAUUGCAAUUGAAUAUAAAUCUGCAAUGAAAGGGGAUGUAUGAUUAAUGUCUUGGCGCUAUAGCGGUGAUCCUAGCUCUGUUCUCUUGCGACUUAACCGCAAGCUUCUGUUUAAAGUGCUGCCAUAUAUGGAAUGAAGCAGACUACAUUGAACGUUUUAAAAACAUCGGACAAUUCGGUAUAAGAGUAAGGGGAUUUGACUUGGAUGUAAUUAUCUGGUUCUGACUAUAGUGUGAUAGUUUAUAUAUCUGCGAGGAUAUAUUCGAAAUUGUAGGAGUUAUGGGUAUAAUACCAACAACAUUGUGAACGAAUGGAGCAUCAGGGGUGAAAUGAAUUUCGAAUUAUUAUGUCGGAAAUAUCAAUGCGAAACAUGUAUUGAGAAAACAAAUUGGAAAUUUCUGUGCACAGCUGUCGAAAUAAUGUAGGUGAAACUUACCUGACUUGAAAUGUAGCAAAUGAACUCUCAGAAUGAGAAAAAUAAUCACGUAACAAUCUUCUGUUAAGCAAUAACUCUCAGUAAAUACAAAGUCGUCCUACCUUGAAAUGAUUAAACACAUGGGGUGAAGAAUUAAUAUUAUACUUGUUUGAGUCGAGUGCGUUGAAACUGAUAUUAGGAUGAUUUACAAAUAUAGUUCACCUCGUCGUUGAAAGACAUAUUUUGUUGAAAAUGGAGUACCUUGGGAUUUCUACCGAUAAGAAUGUGACAAUGAAUGAUGAAACUAUAGACGGUGUUUUAACAUUUUUAAAUAAUUCAGAAGCGAAGAAUCUUUUGCCGGUGAUGAUCACAUUGGUCGUGCUGAUGUUCGUUGGAAUCGUAGGUAACAGCCUCGUAGUUCAAGUCUACUGGUGUCGAAUGCGACGUUCCGCUAAACGGACGUUCAUCUUGACGUUAGCGCUCCUGGACCUCAGUGUGUGUACCAUCGUGAUACCGUUCGAAUUGUACGAUUUAAGAAACCAGGUUCUCUUUGACCACGAAGAAAUAUGUAAGGCUAUGAGAUUACUUGAAUAUGUGACAGUUUUAUCUGGAGGUUUUGUGUUGGUUUCAAUUUCGUUUGAAAGGUACUACUUUUUGUGUAGAGCUUUUCAAGAGUUUUCCCCACGGAAGGCAAAAAUAGUAUGCUUUACAUGUGUUACUGUAGCGCUUUUAAUGUCUAUACCAUCUGCAUAUUUCGCUGGCUUCAAAACAAGACAUUUGGAAUAUGGUGACAGGAAUAUAACUGGCCGAGAAUGCUCAAUGAACGCAGAAAAACACAAAGGAGACUCAUUCAAAAGUAUUUAUUAUUAUGUUCUAUCUGCAAUAUUUUUCGGUUGUUUCGUAGUAUUUAUUAUUCUGUACUCUAUGAUCGGGCGACUUUUGUGGAAAUACCAACAUGGAAAAAUGCUUCCUUCAACGGGAUGUUUUUCAAAAUCGAGCACCACGACGUCAAAUGGAAACGUGAAAAAAGUGUCUCUCGACCAUUCUUCCGGUCAAAGCCACGCUUCCUCUACCUCAAAAAAGGAUGGUCAAAUGACCCUGCAUGGACGACGGAGUAUCCGGUCUGCGGGAACAAUCAUCGUGUUUUUCUCCGUAACUGUUGUGUUUGUAAUCAGCUUUUUGCCUCAUCUAGUUAUUCGGAUCAUUAUGCUUGUUAAUAAGGUCGAAGAAGGACUCAGCAGAGAAACCUUUGAUCUGAUUUACAAUUUUACAGUGAGGUCGUACCUGUUGAGUAAUGUUGCCAAUCCGUUCAUAUAUAGUAUUCUAAACCAGUCGUUUAGAAAACAACUGAAGCGAACAUUUAUAUGUUUUAAAUGUGCGCGUUCGGAAAACACUUCAAAUCUUUUAACACUCCAUGGAUGAUAAAAGACGGUUCGUUUAAUUAUACCUGUGUGAUACUUUCAGAUAUACUGUACAUAUAAAUUGCUUUAAAAAUAAACGUCCUGCGGUACAAAGUGUCAUUUCAUUCCAGAUGGACGUAUUAGAAUUGAAUGCCUUUGAGUAAAAAGGAGGUGAAAAUAUAAUGCUGCUAUCAAACAACAAUAAUAAAUACAAUUUCAUAUUUAGACAGAACGGAAUUUUGCCUUCACCAGUAAAAACAACAACAACAAAACAAUAACAAACCUUUUAUGUAAUUUUACUUCAACUACUACAACUACUACUAUACCACCACAACUACCACUACCACCACAACUACCACUACCACCACAACCACCACAACAACCACUAUACCACCACAACUACCACCACAACCACCACAACUACCACUACCACCACAACUACCACUACCACCACAACCACCACAACAACCACUAUACCACCACAACUACCACUAUACCACCACAACUACCACUAUACUACCACAACUACCACUACCACCACAACCACCACAACAACCACUAUACCACCACAACUACCACUACCACCACAACCACCACAACUACCACUACCACCACAACUAUCACUACCACCACAACUACCACUACCACCAACAACACCACUGAAGUUUUGUUUUGAAGAGCACAUUAUCUCGAAAACGGUUCUGUCGCCGAGGCAAAUGUUUUAGAAAGAGCGGUGUUUAUCACUGAACCUCAUUACGUGACUAUUAUAAGUAAAUCAAUGACCAUGAUAAUUGAUUUUGAAGCAAGACUUAUUGGUUUGCUAUUUGUAGAACACUUCAAUUAACAGGCUUAUGUGGGACAUUAAGUCAAAAAGAAGCCUCAUGGAAAACACUACAAUUGCUCAAAAUUCAUGCUUUAGAGUCUAGUUUGUCCCAUUCUUAGACUAAGUGUUAAAUAAGUACAUAAAACUGAACUUAAACUUAAGUAGUAAUUGUCUCACUCGUCCUUAAAUAAAUAUUCUUAGAAGACAGAUUAUUCGAUAGUUUUCGAAAACACUUAAUUAAAAACGUUUAAUGUGUAGUUACCCACUCGAAUUUAUGAAAAGACAUUUUCAGGGAAAUCAGUUAAGAUCGUGCUCCAUUUAAUUAGUGACUUCGUUGGGUUAACACAUUUUCAAUAUGUUGCC